AUGGCGGCACACGAUCUGACCCAGGCUAUCUGCCAGAACCUGGACCCGCACCUUAUUCUGCCGCUCCUGGAUCACUGCGUUGACCUCGAUAUCUACAAUGAGGCCGAUCUCAAGCGCGCCAAGAUGCAGGUCUUGAGCCGCACCCGCCUCAUCGAGCAAGCGCUGGAGCUUGCUGACGCAACCGAGAAGAAGGAUUUGGAUGCCCGCAUGCGCUCAAUCAGUGAGGAGGAGAAGACUUGGGAGAAGCAGUUGGAGCCAGUUUUCGAGAUGUUUGAGAAUGACGAGGUCCUCUCGAUUAUUGAAGCCACGAAGAACAAGGAUUCGCUCCUGUCAGAGCUGGAACCCUACGGCUUUACCGAAAACACGGCCGACCUGCUCUACCAUGGUAGCAAGUUUUACUUUGAUCGCGGCCAAUACGACCUGGCACAUGGCUUGCUUUACAACUACCGUGCCGUGUCUACCGAUGACAAGCUCAAGUUCACCGCGCUGUGGGGCAAGCUCGCGGCUGCCAUCCUCAGUGGCAACUGGCAGACAGCGCAGGAGGACAUGUACCUGCUCCUGGAGUAUAUUGAUGGUGGCAAGAACGAAUUGACGGCUGUCGAACAGCUGCAGCAGCGCAACUGGCUGUUGCACUGGAGCCUGUUCGUCUUUUUCAACCAGCCUGAUGGCCCUGAUGGUAUCGUCGACCUUUUCAUGAACAAGGAGACGUGCACCAAUGCCAUGCAAACCAUCGCACCCCAUCUCUUCCGUUACGCCACGGCUGUGGCCAUCAUGAGCAGGCGCAAGAAGCGUGAUGUCAUGUGGGAGUUUGUCGGCAUUGCGCGCCAAGACAAGGAUCUCGGUGACGACCCUGUUGUCGGUUUCCUGGUCAGCCUCAUCAAGGACUUUGACUUUGUCACGGCUGAGGAGAAGCUGCAGCAGUGCCGCGAGGUCCUCUCCAAGGAUUAUUUCCUGGCUGAAAUGACGGACGAAUUUAUCAACACAGCACAAUUGUACCUCUUCGAGGUCUACCUUCGCGUUCACAGCCGCGUCAGCAUCAAGAAUGCGGCCACGCGCCUCGGCAAGUCGGAGGAUGAUGCUGAGGAGUGGCUCGUCAAGCUCAUCCGUGACGCCAAGUUGGAUGCGCAAAUUGACCCGGCCUCGGGCGAGAUUCACAUCACGAAACCCGUGACAACGGUGUACCAGCACGUGUUGGAUCGCACAAAGAACCUGCAAUACCGCACGUACGUAAUCGUGGAAAGCUUGCAUCAUCUCCAUCCCAAUGGUGCUUUUCACCACUCAAACUCAUCCAUUCCCGCUCUUUUCAGGCGCAUGAUGAACGAGCAGCUGCAGGGCGGCGGCAAAUCGAACAAGAAGGGUGACUACAAGAAGGGUGACUACAAGAAGGGUGGUGAUUUCAAGAAGGGCGGUGACUUCAAGAAAGGUGGUGACCACAAGAAACGUGCUUGGGUCAAGUAA